CGCUCUCAAACUUGGAGGGAUUGUAUGUACAAGAUGGCGACAUUCUGUGUUAUUAAUUUAUGAGUUUUAAUGCGCCGGGUUUUUUAAUAAAACGUGUGUAAUUAACAUUCUAAAAAUUCUUCUAAUUCAAGUGUUCGCAAAAGUAUUAUUUCAACGCAUGUGUUUAAAAUUGACAUUUUUCAAGUGAUUUUACACACAAUAGUGAAAUCCAUAUAACAAAAAUGUCAAAGACAGAUGAAAACGCGUUUGCCGGGGAAACGGGAGAAAAUUCUAAUGAUUCCUCAGCUGAAACAACAUCAUCAAGAGGUGGUGGUGAUUUUGAAACUAAAAUUGAAACUGAUCGCAGCAAACGUUUUGAUUUUUUACUCAAACAAACUGAGAUUUUUUCCCAUUUUAUGACAAACAAUCAAAAGGAUAAGAGUCCUACAAAACCGAAAGCUGGUAGACCAAGAAAACAACCACAAGACAAUAAACCUCAAACACCACCAUCAGCGACACAAGAAUCUCCUAAAACUGAUGUUGCUGAUCAUAGGCACAGUAAAACAGAACAAGAAGAAGAUGAGGAAUUACUUGCCGAGAGUAAUAAUACAACUUCAACUCCGACAACGCGUUUUGAAUCAUCACCGAAUUAUAUUAAAAAAGGAGAAUUACGAGAUUAUCAAAUUCGAGGUCUCAAUUGGAUGAUUUCUCUCUAUGAGAAUGGUAUUAACGGUAUUUUGGCUGAUGAGAUGGGAUUGGGAAAAACACUUCAGACAAUUUCUCUUCUUGGGUAUAUGAAACAUUUUCGCAAUGUUUCUGGCCCUCAUUUAGUCGUCGUUCCAAAAACAACUCUCGCUAAUUGGAUGAAUGAAUUUAAAAAAUGGUGUCCAAGUUUAAGAGCAGUUUAUCUUAUUGGAGAUAUUGACACAAGAAAUACAUUUAUACGAGAAGUAAUGUUACCAGGUGAAUGGGAUGUUUGUGUUACUUCUUAUGAAAUGGUUCUACGUGAAAAAUGGGUAUUCAAAAAAUUCAAUUGGCGUUACAUGGUGGUUGACGAGGCUCAUCGGCUUAAAAAUGAAAAAUCUAAAUUAUCAGAAAUUCUUCGAGAAUGCAAGACUGCAAAUCGUUUGCUAUUAACUGGAACACCAUUACAAAAUAAUCUUCAUGAAUUAUGGUCGCUUCUUAAUUUUCUUUUACCUGAUGUAUUUAAUAGUAGUGAUGAUUUUGAUGCAUGGUUCAAUACAAAUAGUUUCUUAGGCGAUAAUUCUCUAGUUGAACGUUUACAUGCCGUCCUUCGACCAUUUUUACUACGUCGUCUUAAAUCGGAGGUGGAAAAAGGUUUAAAGCCAAAAAAAGAAAUUAAAGUCUACAUUGGUCUUAGUAAAAUGCAACGCGAAUGGUAUACAAAAGUUUUGAUGAAGGACAUUGAUGUUGUUAAUGGAGCGGGUAAAAUUGAGAAAAUGAGACUUCAAAAUAUUCUCAUGCAAUUGAGAAAAUGUUGUAAUCAUCCAUAUUUGUUUGAUGGCGCAGAACCAGGACCACCUUAUACAACUGAUGAGCAUUUAGUUUACAAUUGUGGUAAAAUGGUGAUUCUCGAUAAACUUUUACCAAAAUUACAACAACAACAAUCGAGAGUAUUAAUUUUCAGUCAAAUGACACGUAUGCUCGAUAUUCUUGAAGAUUAUUGUCAUUGGCGAUGUUAUCAGUAUUGUCGUCUUGAUGGUAAUACGGCGCAUGAGGAUCGUCAACGACAAAUCAAUGAAUAUAAUGCACCAGGUAGUGAGAAAUUUAUUUUCAUGUUGUCAACACGUGCCGGUGGUUUGGGUAUUAAUUUAGCAACAGCCGAUGUUGUCAUUAUUUUUGAUUCCGAUUGGAAUCCACAAAUGGAUUUACAAGCCAUGGAUCGUGCUCAUCGAAUUGGACAACAGAAGCAAGUUUGUGUCUUUCGAUUCAUCACUGAGAAUACUGUUGAGGAGAAAAUUGUCGAACGCGCUGAGGUGAAACUUCGUUUGGAUAAAUUGGUUAUUCAACAGGGGAGAUUGGUUGACGCUAAACAAAAUGCAUUGAAUAAAGAUGAAAUGUUGAAUAUUAUUCGACAUGGGGCUAAUGAAGUGUUUGCAUCAAAGGACAGUGCGAUAACGGACGAAGAUAUUGAUACAAUUCUCAAAAAGGGAGAGGAUAAAACUGAAGAGAAUAAACAAAAAUUGGAAAGUAUGGGAGAAUCAUCACUUCGUAAUUUUACUGUUGAUGCACCAACCGAUUCGGUGUAUCAAUUUGAAGGACAGGAUUAUCGUGAGAAGCAAAAAAUUCCCGGUAUUGGCAAUUGGAUUGAACCACCGAAACGUGAACGAAAGGCAAAUUAUGCAGUUGAUGCAUAUUUUAGAGAGGCUCUUCGUGUUUCUGAACCAAAAGCACCAAAGGCACCACGACCACCAAAACAGCCGAUUGUUCAAGAUUUCCAAUUUUUCCCACCUAGACUCUUCGAACUUCUCGAUCAGGAGAUUUAUUAUUUCCGACAAACAGUUGGUUAUAAGGUUCCGAAAAAUCCCGAACUAGGUUCGGAUGCAGCUCGAAUUCAAAAAGAGGAACAACGUAAAAUUGAUGAUGCUCAACAACUUUCAGAUGAUGAAGUGAAAGAAAAGGAGGAUCUACUCAUUCAAGGAUUCACUAAUUGGACGAAACGAGAUUUCAAUCAGUUUAUAAAGGCGAAUGAAAAAUAUGGUCGCGAUGAUAUUGAAAAUAUUGCUAAGGAAGUUGAAGGCAAAACACCUGAAGAGGUGAUGGAAUACUCGGCUGUAUUCUGGGAACGUUGUCAUGAACUUCAGGACAUUGACAGAGUAAUGGCGCAAAUUGAACGAGGAGAAGCGAAAAUACAAAGGCGCGCUGGAAUUAAAAAGGCUCUCGAUGCAAAAAUGGCACGAUAUCGAGCACCAUUCCAUCAAUUAAGGAUAGCUUAUGGAACGAACAAGGGCAAAAAUUAUACCGAGGAGGAAGACAGAUUUUUAGUUUGCAUGCUCCAUAAACUUGGCUUUGAUAAGGAAAAUGUUUAUGAAGAAUUACGAGCAACAGUGAGAUCAGCUCCACAAUUUCGUUUCGAUUGGUUUGUCAAGUCAAGAACCGCUUUGGAAUUACAACGAAGAUGUAACACUCUUAUUACAUUGAUAGAACGUGAGAAUCAAGAACUCGAGGAACGCGAAAGACAAGAGAGAAAGAAGAAAGGUGGCAAUACUGGCCCAAAAUCGGCUUCAAAACGUAAAACGGAAUAUUUGCCAGCACCUCAGCCAAGAAAGAAGAAGAAGUAGAUAAAAAGCCAAAAACAAAAGCAUUCUUUUUUUUUUUAAACGCACUAGCCGAAUGAAACAAAAAGAAAUAAUUUAUGUGGUUAGUACAAACUUUCUAUUUUACAGUUUUAAUUUCUUUUUGUUUUGCAAAAUUAGAUUUUCUACACUUCGUAUUUUAAUUAUAAAACAAUAUUUUUAUUGUUUUUUUUUUUUUGUCUGUUUUCAUAGUUUUGUCUAACAAACGAUAAAUUGAAUUAAAAAAAAAGACAAAAAGUAUCUUUUUACUACUACAUUUAUUUAUCUUCAACAUUAUAGAUUUUUUUUUUGAGGUAUAAGAAAUAAAGAUACAAAAUUGCGA